AUAUAGAAGAAGAAAAUAAUAAUAUACGUGAUUUGAAAAAUAAUAAUACACAUAACUUGUGCUUAGUUUCCAUAAGUAAUAAAAAAAAUGGGAAAGAAAGUUUUGAAGAGAAAACAGGUUAAUCAGAAAUCGCGAGAAAAUGAAAUUAAAAAUGAUAAAUCAAAGAUAUCUAACAUUGAUUUGUUAGAAGCUUAUAUCAAUGAUGAAGAUACCACAGAUGAAGAAGUAGAGAAUAAUGCGGAUAUACCCAAUUCAGAUGAAGAGCGGGAUCCUAUUGUAUUUCAAUCGGAUGAUGAAGAUGAUAUACUUGAAUCAGAUUAUAAAUCUACAGAUGCUGAAGAGUCUGAAGAUUCUGAAAAGUCUGAAGAUUCUGAAGAUUCUGAAAAUAAUGAAACAAUAAAUAAUUCUUACAAAGGAACACAAAAGAAUUCACAAAUUACAUUAAAAGAUUCCAAGAAUAAAUUAAAGAUUAAAAAUAAAGGUAAAAAAUCUCAAAUAUCUAAAGUUACAAUAUCUGAAGAGUCUAAAGAUUCUGAAGAUAAUGAAGCAAUAAAUAAUUUUUAUAAAGAAACACAAAAGAAUUCACAAAUUACAUUAAAAGAUGACAAAAAUAAAUUAAAGCUUAAGAAUAAAGGUGAAAAAUCUCAAAUAUCUAAAGCUACAAUAUCAACGAAAAAAGAAAUAUUAAAAAAUGAUAAGAAUUCUAAAAAGUCAGAAGCACUGGCACAUGAAGAUGAUUCCUGUAAAAAAAUACAAACUAAAAAUUUAUCUAAAGAUGAAGAUGAAUACGAGUAUGAUACUUCUGAUCAGGAAGAUAUUUCUAACACAAUUGGAAAUGUGCCAAUAAAAUGGUACAAUGAUUAUGAUCAUCUUGGUUAUAAUUGGGAGGGUAAAAAAAUUCCAAAGCCAGAAAAAGGCGAUGAAUUAGAUAACUUUUUGAAGAGAAUGGAAGAUCCUGACUUUUGGAGAACUAUAAAAGAUCCUCAAAGUGGUCAAAAUAUUACAUUAAGCGAAGCAGAUAUAGACUUAAUUGUAAGAAUUCAAAAACAAAAAAUACCUGAUGUUCAAUUUGAUGAAUAUGCGCCAUGGGUGGAUUGGUUUACUUCCGAAGUAAUGAAAACGCCUCUUCGAAAAUUUCCAGAACAUAAACGUUCUUUCUUACCAUCUAAAAUAGAAGCUAAGAAGGUGUCAAAAUUGGUACAUGCUCUCAAGAUGGGUUGGAUAAAAUCUACUACCGAGAUGCAAAAUAAUAGGGAGAAGAAUCAAGGACCACAAUUUUAUAUGUUGUGGCAGUCUGAUGAUCAGGCAGAGGAAAUGCGUAGAAUCCAUAAGCAUAUUCCGGCACCUAAAAGACAUUUGCCUGGUCAUGCAGAAAGUUAUAAUCCUCCAUCAGAAUAUCUAUUUGAUAACAAAGAACUUAAAGAAUGGAAUAAAUUAAAAACAACUCCAUGGAAAAGAAAGUUACACUUUAUACCACAAAAGUUCAAUUCUCUUCGAGAAGUACCAGCAUAUUCUAGAUAUAUCAAGGAAAGAUUUCAGAGGUGUUUGGAUCUGUAUCUAUGCCCUAGAGCAUUAAAGAUGAGAUUGACAAUAGAGCCUGAAGCUUUAGUUCCACAAUUGCCUAGUCCAAAAGAUUUGCAACCAUUUCCAACAACAAUGUUCAUGGUAUUUAAAGGCCAUACAGAUAUGAUCAGAAGUAUUACUGCAGAACCAAGUGGUCAGUUUAUUGCUUCUGGUGGAGAUGAUAUGUCAUUGAAAAUAUGGGAAGUAAACACAGGCAGAUGCUUAAAAACAGUGCCCUGUGGUGGUGUUAUUAGAAGUGUUGCCUGGUGUCCAAACCAAGCUAUAUCAUUGAUAGCCGUCGCAGUUGAUAAAAAGGUUCUUUUAAUAAAUCCAGGAGUCGGAGACGAUCUUGUUAUUAGCAAAACUGAUGAGCUUAUGGAAAUAGUACCACAGAGUGAAAAAAUAGUAAGUGACAGAGUACAAAGUGCAGUACAGUGGGAGCAAGUAGAAAAGGAACAUUGGACGAUUGGAAUUAGGAUAAUUCUAAAUAAUUUUAAAACUGUAAAACAAGUAACAUGGCAUGGAAAGGGAGAUUAUUUCGCUACUGUAAUGCCAGAUGGCCAAAAUAGAUCAGUGUUAAUAAAUCAGUUAUCAAAGCGGAGAUCUCAAUUGCCUUUUAAUAAAUCAAAGGGAUUAAUACAGUGUGUGUUGUUUCAUCCGAUUAGACCGUAUUUAUUCGUUGCAACGCAAAGGAACGUGAGGAUAUACGAUCUCGUAAAACAGGAAAUGGUUAAAAAAUUAUUAUCCAAUUCACAAUGGAUAUCAACAAUGGCUAUUCAUCCUGGAGGUGAUAAUGUUUUGGUAGCAACGUAUGAUCGCAAGAUGCUUUGGUUCGACUUGGAUUUGAGUACUAAACCUUAUCAAACAUUACGAUUACACGGAACUGGUGUACGUGCUGUAGCAUUUCACAAACGGUAUCCUCUAUUCGCUUCUGGAGCUGAUGAUAGGGGACUUAUUGUAUCUCAUGGAAUGGUGUACAAUGAUCUUUUACAAAAUCCGUUAAUUGUGCCACUGAAAAGAUUGUGUAACCAUGAAUCAUAUAAUGAUUUUGGUAUUUUGGAUGUCAUGUUCCAUCCCAUUGAACCAUGGAUAUUUUCUGCAGGUGCAGAUUCUACUAUAUGCAUGUAUACAUAAAUAAAUAAAUAUAGAUAUUUACAGAAUAUUGCAGCGUCACCAUCCUUAUACAAAAAAAAAUUAUAUUAGUGUUUUUCCAUCUUUAUAUAAAAUGCAUAAAAUAUAUAUUAAGCUCAAAGAUCGAAAACGCUCACCGAUUGCAAAAAAUCGAUCACAAUAUGUUCUGACAUGUAAAAAUGCCACAAUGCAUUGUAGACGUUUAUUGUUUAUUGAUGUAGCUACAACGCGAUGUGAUAAAAAUAAAAUUAUAAAGAAAAUUAA